AUGAGUUCACACAGUCCGAACUAUACGACUGUGGAGGCAUUUAUUGCACAUGUAUUGGCCACAUGGGCCAGGCAGAAAGGGAGGUUCACGACGGAGAAGUUUAACGCGGGGCUAUGGGAAAUUAUUAAGGGACUAUUGGAGGAAUUUGUACAGCAUAUGGAAGAUAAGGCAGCUAGGGGUCUAAUAGACGUACUGGGUGCGAACUGUGAUAAUGUCUUUUGGGAUCAUAGGGACGACAGUAAGGCUUACUUAAAAGAUUUUACGGAGCAAGACAGAGUAACGUGCAGGAUCAUGUCCGCUGCAUUAACGUUCAUGAGUACAGUACGCGACGCAGGGCAACUUGGACAAACGAGGAAUGAAACUGAUAAGGACAUGAGACAAAUUUUAGGGUGCACGGUGAUGCAUGUAUUUGCGAGUAUCUUAAGAUCUACCACGUGUGCGGCUACGUCGAACGGCAUAAAUUAUGCGUGGAGGACAAUGAAGAGGGUAGAUGCCGGGUUCCGGGACACAGCAGGUGCGGGCGCACUUGCAAGCGCAAGAUGCGAGAAAGGCGGUUGGAAGGGAUUAACAAUAGGUAGCGGACAAAUUAGAACAGCAGUGGAUGCGUGGUUAUCGCACAAUACGGACUUAUGGACCAAACUGAGGCAACUGCAUGGCAAUGAGAACUGUAGACGCAACAAGUCAAACAACGAUGAAUUAGCAACAGGAGCGAAAGUGGGUCAAGGGGCAGGUGUCACCGGCAGUGCUGGCAUUGCGAAAGAAAUAGUGACAGUGGUGAAGGACGUAUUCGACAAGAUGAAGGACGACGUAAUAGAAAAAUCCAAGUCAUCGCCAGCACUACCAGGAGCAGGCGCAGCGAAACCGGCGGCCACCAACCCAGCGACGACGAAGCCGCCGACAAAAGGAGACAACCCGCAGGACAAAAAGAAGGAGGACAUACCUGCGCCACCAGCACCCGGGGGAGUAGCAAGAGCAGAUGGCUCAGCAGCAGAGGACGUCGCCAAGUCACCACCAGCCACAGGAGGAACACCAGCAGGUCAAGGACCAGGACCUGGACAACAACCCCCACCUCCUCCACCACCACAGCAAGGGACGGAUGCAGACAAAGCAGAGACGCUUGUCUCCUUUGGAACGAGUUCCGGCACAGAGGAUGAAUGUGGGAAGAAACCCGAAGACCCACAAGAAGGUGAACAUGUUAAAAGAAGUAAGGACGCAUCGGAGCCAGCGCGAGCAGGGUCCACAAUAGCAGAAACAACGGACAAAGACGGAGGUGCGCACGCGUCCACUCCAAUCCACACACAGCCGACACCAACACCAUCAACAGGAACAGAGACAGCAGGAACAGGAGCAACUACGGGAACAUCUGGUGAUGGUGCCAAGGGAGACCCUGGUACUGCGCAGACUGUUCCGGUGGCGCCAGAUACUACGGCACCUAAACCGCACGAUGACGAUCGCGCCACAAAGGGCACAGAUAUUGUUUCCGCAGCGAAUGGUGAUAAUAAUACGGAUCCUUUCGGUAGUGCCGAUUACUGCAUGGUCGAUGGGAAAAAGAAAGACGACGACAGUGAACAGUGUCAUGCAAUAAUCGGUGGGGGCCGACGUGCAGCCAGCACUAGAACUGGUGCUGCAGGUGCUCCUACAGGACCAAGUGGGCAAGCUGAACGAGGUGGAGCCGCGGGCGUAAGUGGCACUGGCGGCCUCGAACUGGGCAUAGAACUGCCCGAAGGAAAAAGCAAUGUAGGAGGAUCAUAUGGACCAGGUACCCCACAGGAUCCACAUACGCCACAGAACACACCCACGUCCCCUAGCCCUGAUGUCCCUGACCUAACCGGCGAUAUCCUUACCGCCACUACUCCCGUACUCUUCUUCCUGUCCGCCGUCACCGUCGCCCUUCUUGGUUAUUCCCUUUGGAAGUACUUUGCGUACCUCGGACAAACACGACGACGAACGUAUCGAACCGUUCGUGACGUGCCGUCACCGCCACUCGACGAAGAAAUUCUAGAGCAUCUACAACGCGGCGAACUGCCGCCACCCGAUUACGGGUACAAAAUGAUUAAGGAUACGCACCCUGCGUCAACAUCCGGUACAGGACGCCCACCACGCGUGCAUAAACGCACGAUUAUCGAGCUAGAUCUAGAAGUGCUCCACGAAUGUGAAGCAACCGAGUGGGAAAGCGUCAAAGACGACUAUUUGCAGAUUGUCGUGGAGGAGUGUGCGCAGGAGUUGAUGCGGGACGUGGACACGAAUAACAGUAUCUUGCAUGUUCCUAACUCGCACGCCUCUGUAACAACCCACGAUUCGACAACCGACCAUUCGACAACCCUGGAUUCAUGUCGACCUAACGAAGAGGACCCCGAUCCAUGCAAGUGUACGGAAACCAUACUGUUAGCAACGGAACCUUGUCGACCUACGGAAGAGGACCCCGAUCCAUGCAGUUGUAUGGAAACCAUACAUACAGACACAGAACAGAGUCCCUCUACUGGUUGCGGGCAUGCGACGUCGGAGUGCACCCAAUGGAUUAACUGGAUUGACCGCCACAAACAUAUUCUGCGGGAGUGCACGACGCAGCCGUGGUUUUUGCAAUUAAAAGCGGAUUGGAAACAAUACCUGCGUGAUCACAUGGCGGCAAACGAGGACAACGGAGUAUCCGCGCACAGUGAGUUCGGUGAAGCGGCAACCCUGGACAGGAAGAAAUUGGAUGCAUGGAAAGAAUGGGUUUCCCAACAACAUCGGCAAAUGAGUAUGUAUGGCCAGGAGGAGUGGUUCAAGCAUUUGUUGAAUAGUGUAGAGGCGGAGACAGUGCCGGGCAAACGCGCAGUACCUGGAGUUGCAACAGACGUAGAAGUGCAACAAGUAAUGGUCGCAGAAGAUAUACUCAGAGUGAAAGUUGUACCAUGGUCGCAACUGCAUCCGCAACUGUACCUCAACAAGCCGCUAUGCGCUAAAACAUGGAUACUGCUCCUGGCAUUAGUCAUAGAACAGUGCGAGGUCGACAGAAGUGUGCAGGAGAAGGAGUUAUAUGUAGAUGACCUAUUGGAAAAGCUCUGA